AUGCAUAAGGAGCAGAAAUCUUUCGCGGCGGCUCAGAAGAAAUUCUCCAAUGAUGAGAGACGUCUGGCCCAAUUGAUGGCGAAACUAAAAGAUGAUCAAGCCAAAAAGGCCGAAGCUGAAGCUGCUCUUCUUUCUGAAGAACGAAAAAACUGGAGGAAGAUUUGUGAAAAGGAUAAUGCAGAGAAGGCAAAUCUCCGUAUUAUUAUAAAUAACCUCAAAGCUGAUGUUGAAAAGCUGAAGAAUCAAGAUGCGGAGGUUGAGAGAUUGAAGAAAGAGAAAGCUGACUUGGAAGCUUUGUUGGCAGAAGCGCGUUCUCAUAGGGAAUGUAGCGAGCAACGGGAGGUACAAGCUUUAAGCACUCUUGCCAUUAGGGAUACGGAACUAGAGGAACUUACUGCUUUAGUUUCUGACCAGGAACAACUGAAAAAAGACCUGGAGCUUGCGCGUUCUGAACAUGCUGAGUCUUCUCGCCGCUUGACUGCGACCGAAGAAAAAUUGGAAAAUUCAGAGACGGCGCGGGUUUCAGCAGAGAGCGAGCUUGAGCCUUUAAGGAAUGACAUGACCUGGUUGAAGGAUCGCGGGAUUGCCUGUGUUGCUGAAUCUGUGUUAAACUCUAAAGAGCUGGAUAAGACUGUUGCGGAUUUAGUGGUUGCUGCACGGCGGGAUGGGUAUGCGCAAGGUUAUGCAGAAUGCUCCCAACAUGUAACGAGUGCGCUGAAAGUUACUUGGGAUGAUAGCAAGUCUGCUACUUUUGGUGUAGAUACUGCGGCCGCGCUUGCUUCUAUGAAGGUGGAGUUUAAUAACUUACAACUCCCAGUUAUGGAGUUGAUAAAUGUAGCGCUGCAGUCGGACGAUCCGGUAGCGCAGCUUAAAGAAAUCUUCCCUGAUGCGGAAGAAGAUUUAGAGUAG